AUGGAGGCACUCAAUACUCUCCAAGUCGCUGGCGGUGUGAUCCAGUUCCUGGAUUUUGGGAGUAAGCUGCUUUCUAAUUCUAGAAAGCUGUAUCGAUCCGCAGAUGGUGUUUUAUCCGAGAAUAUCGACCUGGAGGUAGUUACCACCGACCUCGCCACCAUACUUAAGAGCUUGGAGCGCAAAUUGCCCCUUUAUCGCGAGAUAAAGGAGGAUAAAUCGGAGGACGAGAAAGCGUUGGAUGAGCUUUGCAUUAGAUGCGUUGCGAUCGCGGAGGAAUUGAUUGCACACCUCGACAAGCUAAAAAUUGUCUCAGGCAAGGAUGAAUCAAAACCGUCUGAGGAUGACAAGGUCGGCAGAGGCAGUCUUCGGGACUCCCAGUCUCAAGAUAAGCUGGAGCGGGGCAACUGGAGCUCCAUGCUGAAACCCAGUGCAAAGGGGAAGUCCAAGAUGUUUAGGAAAUGGAGUGCUUUUCGGAAAGCAUUGGAAGCUGUUUGGAGGAAAGAGGAAAUCGAAGCAAUGGCCGCGACACUUCGGGAGUUUAGAUCCGAAAUUGAAUUUCGUAUCCUGGUAAUGUUUCGAGCAACAAUAAGCCAGCUCGUUGUCCAGCAAUCACAGUUUUCUCGGCAACUGACCGAAUCAACCCGGGCUAUUCUUGAUAGCUUCAUAUAUAGCCGAGAUGACCUUGCGACACAACUCCGGGGUCAGGUGGAGAAGCUGGUUUUCUCUGAGAUCUCAAAACGUGAUAUCAGGGCAAGGCUACCGGAAGAUCAGACACAACAUUUAAAGGGAGAACUGAAGCUUGCUGGAACAUUCCACUAUCCCAAAGGGGCGAAAAGAGAUGAAGAAAGCAUAGAGGAGCUUCCAGCCCGUGCGUACGAGGUGGAAGAGAGCAUCCGACUGCUCAUGAUCGAAAAUGGCGUCCUUAGCAGUUUGAGCUUCGAUUCGAUCCAUGACCGUAAGGAUAGUGUGGAUGUGCCUUUCCAGAACACUUUCAAGUGGAUCUUCGACGAACCUGGAUCGAUUGAAAGGCCGUGGAGCAACUUUAUGACGUGGCUGCGGCAAGAUUCUGGGAUCUACUGGAUUAAUGGAAAAGCCGCUUCUGGAAAGUCGACCUUGAUGCGAUAUCUCCAGGACAAUGAACAGAUACGGGAAGGGUUGAAUGAGUGGGCCGGAUCUAUGCCUCUGGACAUCUGUCACUUUUUCUUCUGGAACAAUGGUGAUGAAUACCAAAAGUCUCAGAAGGGAUUGCUGAGAUCGCUUCUCCAUGAUAUUCUUCAACAGCAUCGAGACUUAAUUCCCGCCAUUAUGCCUGAAGCUUGGGAGGCCUGGUCCUCGCGAGCUGAUUACCUUAUAUCAAAUAGCGGCUCACUUCGUAAUCCGAUGCUACGCCCUGACCCGAAGCCGUGGGAUAUGACACAGUUGAAGGGUUUCUUUCGAACUUUACUCCAAACGUUGGAGAGUAGGGUUAAGCUCUGCUUAUUUAUUGAUGGGUUGGACGAGUACGACGGAGACCAUUACGAAAUCGCUGAGAUGUUUGAAGAAAUCGCUCAAUCUUCCAAUAUCAAGCUCUGUUUGUCCAGCAGACCGCUCCUGGCCUUCGAGCAAGCGUUCGAGGAGCAGCCUAGCCUGAAGCUACAAGAUCUCACGGCGAGAGACAUAAGUUACUACGUCAAAGAAAACUUGUACCGCCAUAAAUACACGAUGGCCCUCUCAAAGGAAAAUCCAGCUCAAGUGUCUGAUUUGGUGAGCGACGUUGUUGAAAAAGCACGUGGUGUCUUUUUAUGGGUUAAAUUGGUAGUCAGGUCCUUAUUACGUGGUCUAUCUGACUACAACCGCAUCUCAGAUCUCCAAAGACGGGUCGAAUAUUUGCCUGGUGACCUGGAGGCCUUAUACGCCCAUAUGCUACAGAUGACAGAUCCAUUCUACCAUGAACAAGCUUCGAAGAUCUUUCAAAUAUAUCGAGCUGCUCAGCAGCACUGCCCGAGUCAGUUGACACUGUUGAGUUUAUCAUGGGCGGACGAAGAGGACGAAGAUUUGGCGGAGAAGGCCCCGAUCCUGCCACUCCCUCAUAACAGGAUUGCAAAUCGAUGUAAAGCGAUGGAUGUUCGCCUAAAGAGUGUAUGCGCCGGCCUUCUUGAGUCAAUCGACACUAGAUUCUCAGACAUCGCUCCCGACGCGAAGGUACUCUUCCUACACCGAACGGUCUCAGAUUGGAUAACGCAGCCCAAGGUUUGGAGCGGUAUAACUUCUCAUACGCAAGGGAAGUCGUUUAGCCCUAAUAUUGCAAUGCUCAAGUCCUGCGUUUUGCAGCUAAAAAGUGCCAGCAUAGGCCCCUCCUUUCCGCUAGACAUGGGACUCAUCACUGGUGCUCUAAAAUUUGCGGUUGAGGCCGAAAAGGAUCUGAAUAGCGGAUUUCCAAGGCUAUUAGAUCAAUUGGACAUUGCAGCUUCGUACCAGUGGCGAGUUGGAAAGAAUUUCUUCACCAGUGAACCAGAGCCAGCCUCUGUGGCCAGCUCGGUGAACUCGAGCUUUAUUAAUGACACAAGAGACCAGGAUGAUGUGUUCGAAUUCGAGGAUCAGGAAAAUGAACUAUACUUCCGGCAGGGGCAAGUUUCACGGUCUGGGAUUCUACAGGUAUCAUUAUCGCCCUCUCCUGGUGGCCGAAGCCUUGUUGGGAAGACUUCGGCACCCUACCACUGGUCAAAAGCUGUUGAUGUUUCUCGUCUUGGAUGCGCGGGUUGGCCAAGUACCUUUUAUGAUCUCGCCGUAGCCAUCGGCCUAUCCCACUACGCAAGCAUGAAAUUCGAGUCUGCCAACAUCGUGGACCAGGAUGUAGAGCAGCAUAUGCUCUUACAUUUGAUCACCUCCCGUACUGACCUAGAUCCCGCUGUCAUAAGACGAAUUUUGGAAAACGGCACAGAUCCGAACUUGUCCUAUGAUGGUUUCAGUCCUUGGGAACAUGUGCUCCUGUCUGCCGCUGCGCAUUUCAACCACACGCCAUGCGGCCACACCAGGUGUAAAGACCAUCCACCAGACUUGAAAUGGAAAGAAACAUCUAAAAGUUGGGCUGUGAUCAUCCGUGAUUUUCUCAAUCACGGAGCAAACCCCGAUCUUGUCACUCGGAACCAUAGUUCAAUACAAGGACAUCCAAGACUAUCAGUAACCAUUCUUAUUGAGAAGCACUUUCCGGAAUUUCUGGUAGUAGAAAGGAACAACAUCAAAUCUCUUUUGAUACAAAAAAGAAUCAGUUUUGAUCCGAAUAUUGGAUCAGGGGACGUGGAUAAUCAACCUGUGAUGCACGACCAGACGGGUGACGCUGAUGAACCCAUGGGGAGCAAUGAACGGGAAGAUGGUGGGAUAGAGGUGAGGAGACAUAGAUCACCUGCUCAAUUAAAACCCACAUCGACAGUGCGAUGGAUGCUCUCCUGGGUGGUACGCUAUUGA